AUGGCCAUUCCACGUAUGGAAGACUUCGACGUCUUCCCCAACUCAGGCUUCUUGCCGGACAAGAUGCCGCUCUCCAGACUCCCCCAGCACUACUACACGCCAUGGGAAGACUUGGUAGCAAACCUCCCGUCGUUGAUCUUGACCAAGCGGGUCAGAUCCAUCAUAGACAAGCUUGAAGUGUUGCAGACGCUGCAGUUGACCUCGGUGGAGCAGUACAGAAGAGCGUACACCGUACUUGGCUUUUUGGCCCAUGCCUACAUCUGGGGCACCAGUGAACCCACCAAUAAACUCCCCCAGCAGAUUGCCAAACCGUGGAUAGAAGUUUCUGAGUACCUCAGGUUGCCCCCUGUCGCCACCUAUGCGGGGUUGUGUCUUUGGAACUUCAAGCAGAUCAUUCCAACCGCAGAAAACGAGGACAUCUGGGAUUUGGACAACUUGACCACCAUAAACACGUUCACAGGGUCGAUUGACGAAAGCUGGUUCUACCUCGUGAGUGUGUACUUCGAGUACAAGGGCUCGUUUUCCAUCAAGGCAGGAUUGGAGGCCAUGAAGCACGCCAACAACAAGAACGUCAAGAAGUUGGUCUCCGUGUUGCAGAAUUUGGCAGAGUCCAUCGACCACUUGGGGUCUGUUUUGAUGAGAAUGGAAGAGAUGUGCGAUCCUCAUGUGUUUUACUACAGAAUACGCCCUUACUUGGCUGGGUGGAAGAACAUGGGUGAUGUUGGCUUGGAUAAGAACGGGGUGGUGUACGGCAACGAGCCUCAGCCACGAACCUACUCAGGAGGCUCCAACGCUCAGAGCUCUCUUAUCCAGUUCUUGGAUGUGUUGUUGAGCGUCAAGCACUAUUCUACCGGAGAAAGACCCUUGCCCCACGAACAAAGAAGCUCCAACGACAAGCCUGAAAACGGGUUCAUGAAUGAAAUGCGUGAUUACAUGCCUGGAAACCACCGUGAUUUCUUGAAGAAGAUCGAGGACUCUACCACUAUCCGUGAGUUUGUGUUGGAAUCGAGAGAUCCCGAGUUGACUCUCAGUUACGACGCCUGUUUGGCCAUGUUGAAGCUGUUCAGAGACAAGCAUAUCCAAAUCGUGACUAGAUACGUUGUUCUCCAAGCAAAGAAGUCGCAGUCGGCUGGCUCUUCGAGCACUUUGAGAUCGGGAUUGGCUAAGAUGAAGAGAAAAGGCGCCGAAGAAAAGGGAACUGGGGGUACGUCGUUGUUGCCCUUCUUGAAGCAGUGCAGAGAUGAGACUGGUGAUCCUGCUGCCGGUAACUGGGGUAAGAGAAUCCUCAGUGAUGGAGUGAUGAGAUUGAAGUUUUCUAAACCUAGUGCCAUCAAUGAAGACUAA